AUGGCGGGGAGCUUCUCGUCCGCGCUGCUGCUCCUGCUCAACAUGGCGGGCGCGUUCCUCGCCCCGCCCGCUCUUCCUUCCGGCCCGGCCUCCGUGGGCACCAGCGCCAGCGCCAGCGCCGACGGCGGCGGGGACGACGGGGACGUCGACUUCUUCUUCUUCCCGUUCCUGGUCCUCUACAAGAGCGGCCGCGUGCAGCGCUUCAUGGGCACGGACACCGUGCCGGCCUCCACGGACCCGGCCACCGGCGUCGCCUCUAGGGACGUCGUCGUCGACGCCGCCGCGGGCCUCGCCGUGCGCCUCUACCUGCCUCCUAGCCUCGCCACCAACCCCACGGGCACGGCAGGGACGGACGACGACGGCGGCGGCGGUGGAAGCGGAAGCAACAGGCUGCCGCUCCUCGUGUUCUACCACGGCGGCGCCUUCGUCACGGAGUCGGCCUUCUCGCCGACGUACCACCGGUACCUGAACGCGCUGGUGUCCAGGGCCCGGGUGCUCGUCGUGUCCGUCGAGUACCACCUCACGCCCGAGCACCGCCUCCCGACGGCGUACGACGACGCGUGGGCGGCGCUCCGGUGGGCGCUCGCCAACGCGCGGGCCGGGACCGGGACGGACCCCUGGCUGUCGCGCCACGCCGACCCGGCGCGGCUGUUCCUGGCCGGCGACAGCGCCGGCGGCAACAUCGCGCACUACGUGGCGCUGCGCGCGGGGUGGGAGGGCCUGGGCGACGGCGGCGCCGCCGUCACGACCAUCCGAGGCCUCGCGCUGCUCGACCCCCACUUCUGGGGGAAGCGCCCCGUGCCGUCGGAGACCACCGACGAGGACACGCGGCGGUGGCGCGAGCGCACGUGGAGCUUCGUGUGCGGCGGCCCCUACGGGAUCGAUGACCCGGUGAUCAACCCUGCACGCGCGUGCUGGUCACCGUGGCGGGGCUGGACAUGCUCAGCGCCAGGGGCCGUGCGUACGUCCACGCACUCAGGGCCAGCGGUUGGCCCGGCGAGGUGGAACUGUAUGAGACGCCCGGCGAGUAUCACGUCUACUUCCUUAACAAGCCCGACAGCGUGA